AUGCUACUGCAGCCUGUAGCAAACAGUGUUUGUCAGUUUGCAUGUUGUUUCUACAAAGAGAUUUCUUCUCGUGAAAACAGUGGGAAUAUUUUCUUCUCUCCUUUGAGCAUCUCUACUGCCCUUGCCAUGCUGACUCUGGGUGCCAGAUCAGACACUCUGACACAGAUUCUUAGGGUCCUUAACUUCAACCCACGUGAGAUUUCUGAAAAUGAAAUACAUGAAGGUUAUCGUCAACUCAUUCAAAUGGUAAACAGAAAGAAUGAGGGGUUACAGCUGAAUAUGGGAAAUGUCCUGUUUGUGCUUGACCGACUGAAGCCACAAGACAAAUUUUUAAGUAAUCUCAGAAACUUCUAUGAAGGAGAAGCUUAUCCGAUGAACUUCAAGAGGGCUGACCAAGCCCAGAUAAAGAUCAACGAAUAUGUAGCAGCAAGAACCAAUGGGAAAAUCAAGGACCUCAUAAAUAACCUUGAUCCACUUACUGAAAUUCUCCUUAUUAGCUACAUUUAUUUUAAUGCUGAAUGGGAAAAACCUUUCGAUCCAAAAUACACUAAAAAGAGCAAAUUCUUUGUGAAUGGGAACAAGGCUGUUGAAGUUCCUAUGAUGUUUGGAAUGGGCAUAUUCAAGCAUGGCUAUGAUGACCAGCUGUCUUCCACGGUGGUGCAAAUGGAUUACAAAGGAGGUGCUUCAGCAUUUUUUAUUCUGCCUGAUCAAGGAAGAAUGAAGAAGCUGGAGAAAAGAUUGUCUUGUGAACGUAUGUCAAGGUGGAGGACAUUAGUCUCAAAAAGCUCAGCAAAUUUGUAUCUUCCAAAAUUCACUCUUUACGGGACAUAUAAUCUAAAGGAUAUUUUAUAUAAAAUGGGCAUCAUGGAUGUAUUCACUGAUAAGGCUGACCUGUCUGGGAUCACUGGGCAGCCCCAGCACAGAAUUUCCCAGGCUAUUCAUAAGGCUGUAGUAAAGGUGGAUGAGACUGGCACCGAAGCAGCAGCUGCCACAGGCAUGGAAAUAGUGCCUAUGUCUGUUCCAGCUACCAUUGUAUUCAACAGCAGUAGCCAGAAUCCUUUUCGAAAGGAUUAUUUGGAAGAGUUGAUACAUGUCCAUUACAAUGGUUUGAUUGAGUUUGAAAAGAAGAUGAAGUAUCUCCUGUGCCUGUGUUUACUCCUUGCUGUUCUUUGUGCUGUAACCCAUUGCCACCAUGAAGACAUUUGCCAUGAAGUCAAAAAUACUAAUCUGCGCACUGGAAGAGAAAGUUUAUUAGCGCAUUACUGUGACAAGCAAGGCACUAACUACGCAGAUUUUGUAUUUAGAUUUUACAAGCAGGUUAUAUCAAAAGAAGCUGAUAAAAAUGUUUUCUUUUCUCCCAUGAGCAUCUCCACUGCCUUUGCCAUACUGGCUCUUGGUGCUAAGUCAACCACCCUUUCUCAGAUUUUUGAAGGACUGGGCUUUGACAAUCUGACUGAGACUCGCAUCCAUGCUAUACAUGAAAGUUUCCAUAAAGUUUUAGCAGUGCUGAAUUGUACUGAUGCUAACAUCACAUUAAAUAUAGGGAAUGCCCUUUUUACAGCUAUCGGGUAUGAACCACAGGAGACAUUUUUACAAAAUACCAAACAAUUUUAUGAUGCAGAUUUUUUUUCUAGCAAUUUCCAUAAACCACAAGAAGCUAAGAAGCAAAUCAAUACAUAUGUAAAGGAGAAAACCAAGGGGAAAAUUCCUGAAUUAAUUGGUCAUCUUGAUCCAAGUACUGCACUGGUUCUUGUUAACUACAUUUAUUUUAAGGCUGCCUGGCAAAAGUCUUUUGAUCCUUUGCGUACAUAUGAGGACGAUUUUUUUCUGAACACAAAUGCAUCAGUUAGAGUCAACAUGAUGCAGCAAGAAGGUAACUAUGAAAGUUACUACGACCAGGAUCUCUCUUGUGAGGUGAUAGAGCUGCCCUACCAGGGCACUGCACGAACAUUGUUCAUUCUGCCUGAUAAUGGAAAGAUGAAGCAAGUGGAAGAUGCUCUCUCCAAGGAAACUGUGUGUAAAUGGGAUAGCAAACUUGUGACCAGGAGAUUAGUUCUGCAGUUACCAAAGUUUUCUGUUAGUGGGUCUUACGAUGUUAAAAACCUGUUCAAGGAAAUGGGCAUUACUGACGUAUUCUCUAGUGAUGCUGAUCUGUCUGGAAUUAGUGGCAGCUGUAAUCUUCAGGUUUCACAGGCAAUUCACAAGGCCCUGGUGGAAGUUGAUGAGGCAGGAACUGAGGCUGCAGGAAGCACAGCCAUAAUCCUUAACAAAGUUUUCCAUCCUCCUGUUACCAUCAAAUUCAACAGGCCCUUCAUUAUCUUGAUUUCUGACAAAGAAACCAGCACCACACUUUUCAUCGGGAAAAUUGUCAAUCCUACUGAGAAGUAAUUGCUGAAUUAUUUGGCAUAUUGGUAUUCGGUAUGAGUUAUGAUGGGUACCGUGUUUGCAGUUGUGGGCUAGUUAGUGCUACUAACUAGUCUAUGAUUGAGGGAUAUUCAGAAGUAAAUGAGGAAUUUCAAUAUCAAAUUAAUAAGCAAAAAAAUGGUAGCAAAACCUGAACAACUGACAGUUUUUAAAUGUAAUAUUUUCCCCAGAUCAGUAAUUUGAGUUGUUAGUACAUUUCCCCAAUUUUCCUUGGAAGACAGUUUUUUCUAAAGUCUGCUGUUAUUUUUAUAAGUGAAUUCUCUCUGCUAAGUGGUUUUGUUCAGACUGCUUUCCAUUGCGGGUUAUUCACCAAAAGCUUUAUCCCAACAGGUAACAAGUCCCUUGCAAUUCUAUUACCUCUUCUCCAGGACCUGACAAUGAUCAGUAUUCACCUGAGCUGGUCCCUGCAGUGUCCUUUCUUCCUUACACAGCUCUUUGCUGCCUAGGCCACUGUGGUUUGCCCUCAACCAACCUGUUCUUUCUCACAUGUUCCAACUCUUUGCCUAGGACAUCUUAAAAAAACAUUGACAGAGAGAAAAUCCCUGAGGCAAUAGACUUAUUCUGCUGUAGCACUCACUGUAAGUCCCUUUUUGCAGUCCACAAGGUCAGCAAAAAACAUUGAGACAGUGAUAUUAGGAAUAAACUGUCAAAGAAUUGUCCUAUGACAAUUUCAUCCAUGAGUUAUUGCUAUAGCCAAUGAAUAAAAUAAACAUUAUCAUUUAAAUCCAUCA